AAGGCGUGCCAACAUAGCCUAAAAAUCCAACAUCUUUUAUAACUUUGUUUUGAUUAAUCAAAAUUUUAAAGAAAUUACAAUUGAAAGUUUAGUAAUGCAUACUUAAAUGAUUUUAAAGUAUUUCCUCACAACAACAUGGCAUUAAGUCGUAUGUGGAAGGUUUCCGAUAUAUGUUCUACGAAAUGUAUGGCGAUUUUGAGGCCGCAAAGGAACGAAAGCAAGUUUAGGCAACAAAUUAGACAGUUUAGAAAAGGAAAAAACAACGAAAUAAACGAAAAUGUUGAUAGUGUUGCCACCCCUUUCACAGCAGUUUGUUACGAGUACAGAACAUUGAGUUUAAAGAGUCUUUGGAAACCGUUUUUAUUUACUGCGGGGUUUACUGCAGCAUCAUUUGGUGGAGCUGCAAUAUGGGAGUAUGAAAACAUGAGAUCCCAUGCAAGAAGCAUGCUAAAAAAGCCCAUAAAGUUCUUCAAAAGAAAAACUGAAGUAAUGAAUGCACAUUCGAGUGGCAUGAUGAAAGAAGUUAAAAAUUGGUGGAAUUCUUUGAGUCCAGGUGAAAGAGUUUUCGUUCCAAUAUGCGCCCUAAACGUCCUAAUUUUUGCUGCUUGGAGGGUUCCCAGGCUACAACCGUUUAUGUUGAAAAAUUUCUGUUCAAAUCCGGCCAGUCCUAAUGUUUGUUGGCCAAUGCUUUUAUCAACUUUCAGCCAUUACUCCCUAUUCCAUUUAUUGGCCAAUAUGUAUGUAUUGCAUAGUUUCAGUGCAGGAGCUGUUCAUAGCUUAGGACAGGAGCAAUUUUUGGCUCUUUAUUUAAGUGGAGGGGUUAUUUCUAGCUUUACAAGUUACUUAUAUAAAGUUGUGAUGAAAAAACCUGGACUCUCUUUGGGAGCUUCUGGAGCUAUAAUGACUAUUUUAAGUUAUGUAUGCACUCAGUAUCCAGAAACCCGUUUGGGCAUAAUUUUGUUGCCCUUUUUUACAUUUUCUGCAGGAACGGCUAUCAAAUUUAUUGUGGGUCUUGAUACUGCUGGAGUAAUUAUGGGUUGGAAGUUCUUUGACCAUGCCGCCCAUUUAGGAGGAGCAGCCACAGGAAUUGCCUGGGCAUUAUAUGGUAAUCAAUAUGUGUGGCAAAAACGAGAACCUUUGCUACAAUACUGGCAUGACAUAAGAGGAUCAAUUAAAUAAAUAACAUAUACAACUCGUUUAUAGCGUAUAUUUGUACAUAAAACUCAAAAUGAAUUAUAUUUAAUAAUCUAAUUUAUAUAUUAAAAAAUAAUUCGCGAAAGUUGUUUUUUAUG